UUCAGAGGACAGCUUUUUUCCCACCUUUGUUUUUGCUUAGAUUCUGUUCACUUGAAUAAUCAGCCCAUUCAGAGGGGGAUCUCGUGUUCCUCUGAGGACCCCAAUGGCACCAAAACUGUGGAGUCCUUCAAUGCGUGGAAUGACUGUGAUGCAAGUGCCUACACUCUGAUGGACCUGCCUCUUAGAGCCCCAACAAUGACAGUGCAGAAUGUUCCUCGGGCCUUUCCUACAGUGGAUAUCCCAGAUCAUGCCCAUUAUACAAUUGGAGUAGUCAUUCUUAUAGUGGGGAUCACAGGAGCUCUGGGUAAUUUCCUGAUCAUCUAUGCUUUCUGCAGGAGUAGGAGCCUUCAGACUCCAGCCAACAUAUUCAUCAUCAAUCUAGCUAUCAGUGACUUCCUGAUGUCCAUUACGCAGUCUCCAGUUUUUUUCACCAACAGCCUCCACAAACGCUGGAUUUUUGGUGAGAAAGGCUGUGAGCUGUAUGCCUUCUGCGGAGCUCUUUUUGGCAUUACAUCUAUGAUCACUCUGAUGGUGAUUGCCUUGGACAGAUAUUUUGUCAUCACAAAACCUCUGCCUUCUGUUGGAGUGACUUCUAAGAAGAAGGCCCUAAUAAUCCUGGUAGGAGUCUGGCUGUACUCUUUGGCUUGGAGCCUCCCGCCCUUCUUUGGAUGGAGUGCAUAUGUUCCAGAGGGUCUCCUGACUUCCUGUUCCUGGGACUACAUGACUUUCACACCAUCAGUCCGUGCCUACACGAUGCUGCUUUUCUGCUUUGUGUUUUUCAUUCCUUUGAUUGCUAUCAUAUAUAGCUACGUCUUUAUAUUUGAGGCUAUCAAGAAGGCCAACAGGUCUAUUCAGACAUUUGGAUGUAAACAUGGAAAUAAAGAGUCCCAGAAACAGUAUCAGAGGAUGAAAAAUGAGUGGAAGAUGGCCAAAAUUGCACUGAUUGUCAUCUUGCUUUAUGUCAUUUCAUGGUCACCAUACUCUGUUGUUGCUCUGGUAGCUUUUGCUGGGUAUUCCCACAUCCUAACACCCUUUGUGAAUUCCAUACCAGCUGUGAUUGCCAAAGCUUCUGUCAUCCAUAACCCCAUCAUUUAUGCCAUUAUUCACCCCAAAUACAGAACAGCCAUUGCAACGUAUGUUCCUUGCCUCAGACCCCUGCUGCGAGUUUCUGCUAAAGACUCACAGUCUUUCAGCAGUUAUCCCUCCUCCAGACGAGCAACGGUAACCAGCCAGUCUUCUGAGACAAGCGGGCUGCAGAAGGGAAAAAGGCGACUCUCUUCUCUCUCUGACACUGAAUCAGGCUGUAUUGACACAGAAGCUGAUACUCCCAAUAUGCUCUCCAGACUUGCUAGCAGGCAGACCUGCUAUGAGACGGUUAAAGAGACAACUCAAAGUAUUGACCUAGAAGCCAAAUCUAAACUGAAGAGCCGUGACUCAGGAAUUUGUGAGAAGGCAGCUGUAGAGGCUGAUGACAUACCCAUGGUGGAACUGAAUGUCACAAAGUACACUGCCAUACCUACUAAUGGCGAAACUGUGAAUGGCAUUGGACAAAGAAAAGAGUCUCAACAUGGGCCAUCAGCAGCCCAGAUACCCACCAUUACAAUAACAUACAGCAAUGUCCAAGGAGUAGAGCUGUCUUCUCGAUACAGCUCUGAUUUCCUGUAUCCUAAGAACAGCCACAAGCAGAACAAGAAGUUCAACAUGUAAGUGAGUGGUGCAAGCCACAAUGUCACCUUAGCCAACACCUCUGGAACAACUACAGACCAGCUGAAUCCAGAAUACCUUCCUACAUUUUCCUAAAAUGCUCCUACAAAGACACAAGACAAGCAAGAGGAGUGCAAAGAUAAAAAUAAGAGGAGUAAGCUUUUCAGCACCAGAACUCUCUCCAGUGGUUCACUUCUUGAUCUGAGUCACAUUGUCAUUUUAUUAUUUCUUCUUCAUGCAGCUUUCUUUCACUUGGAUUUUACUCUGCUCAGGUAUAUUCCACCACUGCAUGGAUCUUACCUACAAAUCCCCCAGGUUUCAUUUGAGAGGAAAAGGAAGUAUGACAUUCAAAACUGGUCCUUUUUUCACUUAGUGUAGUUUAGCUUCAAAGAUAUUACAGAGUUAAAACUGAGAGAAUUUGGGGGAAAAUGUAUAGUACUUCCUGAGGAUGGUUUCUUCAUUAUUGUAAAGUCCUUCAACCAAAUGAAAGCUCCCUUCUCUCAUUAAUGACACAUUUCCCCUCCUUUUCUUUUACAAUCCAAUUCAAAGGCAAUGCACUUGAGCAGUAAUUUGAAGUCUCAAAUCUUUAAUUCCUAAGGUUCUAGGGGAAGAGAAAGAAAUAACAAAUAUGAUGAGGGUUUGGUCUUUUCCAUACUUAGCUUAUUUUUGCCAACAGUCACUUAAGACACCAGUUUAACCUACUCUUAGCUAACCUCCCCAGAGCUGUAGUAAAGUAUUAGGAAACUCCUAGCAAUUUUCCUUUAGCAGGUUGCAUGAGAAGAAUGCAGAAGUCAAAGCAAUGUUUGUACUGAAAUGUCUUAUAGGUAAGUCAAUACAUCUGUCUUCUAAUCCUUCCAAGUGUUUUACCUUUAGAUACAUUUUUCUGAAGUAAAUCUUGGGAGAAGGGUUAGUUCUUCAAAAAUAGUUGUUCCUGAGAUGUGUGGAAUCCACACCAUCCCCUGUUCAGCAUUUUAAUUUUCCCCUUCUCUAAACAGCAGCAUUCUUAUAGCUGAGGUUUUUGUUCCAAAGUGAUUAAAUCCAGUAGCCUGUACUUAUCUCCCU